AUGGGCUCUAUCGCAAGAGAUACCAAUGUCGACCUUGAUGUGAUCAUUAUCGGCGCCGGUAUUUCCGGCAUCAACGCCGCAUACCGUAUCCAGAACGAGCUCCCAGGAUAUAAAUACACCAUUCUGGAAGCUCGCGAUGCCAUCGGAGGAACAUGGGAUCUCUUCCGCUACCCAGGUAUCCGAUCAGACUCAGACCUCCACACGUUUGGAUUCGUGUGGAGGCCGUGGUCGAAACCCAACUCCAUUGCCGACGGUCCCUCUAUUUGCAAGUAUAUCCGCGAAUCUGCAGAGAUCAACGGAAUCGACAAGAAGAUCCGCUUUCACCACAAGCUUCUCUCUUCGGAUUGGUCCUCCAGCACCCAAAGAUGGACGUUGGAUGUUGAUGCCGAUGGCGAGAAGACGCAGUUCUCAGCCCGUUUCAUCAUCUUCAGCACCGGCUACUACGACUAUAACACACCGCUCAAAGCCAGCAUCCCAGGCAUCGACGACUUUAAAGGAAAGAUGAUCCACCCGCAAUUCUGGCCCGAAGACUACGACUACACCGGCAAGAAGAUCAUCAUCAUUGGCUCCGGUGCAACUGCCAUCACCCUGCUCCCCAACCUGGCCGACAAAGCUGCCAAAGUCACUAUGCUGCAGCGCAGCCCUUCAUAUGUCAUGGCCCUGCCCAAAGUCGACCCUACAGGCGAUUUUGUGCGCAGGUGGUUCCCAACCUGGCUCAGCCACACCCUCGUGCGGUGGAAGUUCCUCAUCCUCCCUUUCCUCUUCUUCCAAUUCUGCCGCUCCUAUCCCAACGCCGGACGCAAGAUCAUCCGCGCCAACACCCAGAGACAACUGAAGGGCUCUGCCAUCAAACACGACCCGAACUUCAAGCCAUCCUACAACCCGUGGGAGCAACGUCUCUGCAUCUGCCCCGACGGCGACUUCUUCAAGGCGCUGCACGGAGGCAACUGCGACAUCGUGACCGACACCAUCAAGACCGUCACUGCUAAUGCUAUCGAGACGGAAUCCGGGAAGAUCCUGGACGCAGACGUGAUCAUCACCGCCACGGGCCUCAAGAUGCAACUCGCCGGCGGCUCCCGCGUGACCGUCGACGGCGCGCCCGUCAAAUUCGCCGACAAGUUCGUCUGGAAGGGCGUCAUGAUCCAGGACAUCCCCAACGCAGCCGUCGUCAUCGGCUACACCAACGCGUCCUGGACGCUGGGCGCCGACGCCACCGCCGUCCUCGUGUGCCGCCUGCUGAAGCACAUGGAUGCCAGCAAGGAGACGAGCGCGGUGCCGCGAAUCGGCAGGGAGGCGAAGAUCACCGCGCGCCCGAUGCUGAACCUGAACUCGACCUACAUCGAGAAGGCGAAGGGGGAGCUGCCCAAGGUGGGUGACGUCGGGCCCUGGAAGCCGAGGAAGAACUACCUGACGGAUUACUGGACGGCCGGGUAUGGCAGCGUGACUGACGGGCUGCAGUUCUCGCGGGGCUUGAAGAAGGUUAAUUGA